CUUAAGUUGAGUUAAUAGCGGAAAAAAAAAAGUUUACGGUUGUAUGAACCUUCUCUAUUGAACUUGGCCGUUCUUUCUCCGGUUGCUAUUUAUUUAUUUAUGUUCUUAAUUGUUUGAAUACCUAGAGUUGAUUCCGUCAUCCUAUUCUACAUUUGUACAAUCACGAGUUCAUACGGAUUACACAUCCCAGCAUCACCACCCCGAGUUGCGAUAAUGACGGGGAUUAUUCAACAUGAGCGCGAGCUCCCCAUUCGCGACAACCCUGACCUUGAGUCUUUCGAUAUCGUUAGUGCCUACAACAAGCUCCUUGCCGACGACCCAGAGCUUACGAUGCCGGUCGCCGCCAUCGAAGCCCUGAUCGAAGCGCUCAGCCAGUCCUCCGCGAAGACCGUCUUUGAGACUAUGGAUCUCAUCAAGACCCAAUCCGCGAAGCUGCGCAAGGCCGUCACCAACCCCAUCGCUCUCACCCACGGCACCGACCUGUUCCAGCAAUACCUCGUCAUGUCGCUCAAACAGCCCGGCCCUGACGGGAAGGAGACUAGUAGUCACGAGAACUUCGAGGUUGUGCGCCAGCACCUGAUGCGCAACGGCCGCCUCUUCGCGCAGAGGGCGAAGCAGGCGCGAGAGCAUAUUGCUUCGGUGGGCAGGGAGUACAUUCUCGACGACUACACCAUCUUGACCCACGGGGGCUCUCGAGUCGUUGGCACGUUGCUGGGUAGGGCCGCCGAAUCAACGCUAGGAGAUUCUCGCCGGAGGUUCAAGGUGAUACACGUCAUAAACGAGGCGCGACGGACCGAAAGCCUUCGAGUGGUGGCUGCGCUGCGCGAAAAGGGGGUCCCGGUUGCAACGAUACCCGAAUCAGCCGUCGCAUACUCCAUGGGAAAGGCCGACAUGGUCAUAGUCGGUGCCGAAGCAGUAACAGCGAACGGUGGUAUCAUUUCUCGAAUGGGCACCUACCAGCUCGCCCUCCUAGCCAAAACCCGCAGGAAGGAGUUCUUCGUAGCAGCCGAACAACACAAAUUCGGCAGGACCUUCCCCGUAGACCAGUUUGACCUCGGCUUCGACCAGGCCAUAAUCAAGUUCCAAGCAGGCGAGUCCGAAGCAGCUGGUAAUGAUGCUAAGCCCUCCAUAGCGGACCCUGUGGACUAUACGCCACCGGAAUUCAUCACAUCCUUCAUCUCGGAUAACGGCGUUCUGACACCAACUGCCGUAGCUAAGCAGAUUAUAGACCUGAUGUACUAAAGUCCAAUCAAGCAUUAUUGCAUAAUGCCAGGUGGUUUACUCGACCGACUUUGGGGGUUCCCCUAUUCCACUUCUUCUUCUCGUACCGCAUUGACGUACAUAGGUACGUAUCGUAGAAGGUAGAUGUGUCUAGAAGACCACACCAACGGCCACGCCGGAAUAUGGCCAUCAGGGGGAACAACUAAUGUGGUCAGGCUCGGGGUGGACCCCGAUGAUAGGUUUCAUCGAACGCAAAUCCACUUAUGGCGUUUUCUUUUCUUCUUUUUUUUUAUGAGAAGGACGAAAAGGCCAUGCUUUAGUUAUGCGAUGCAGGCCAAACAAGCACCCGUGGGGCUUGGAGCAUCCUAAGGACGCCCUAGGUUUUUCAAAGCCUACGAGUUAUCGCUAUCACGAUCAUUCAUGAUGAAACAUCACUGAACGGGUCAUUAUUUUAUUAGACACAUACACAUUGGAUGACCCCUUACAUACCUAACCUAGUUACAUACGCGAAGCAAGGCGCGAGGAAAAAAAAGGCAUCAUAGGCGCAAGUCCGUAUAAAGGGU